UAAACAAACAAAAAAAAAAAAGAAAGAACUUAACAAAUUUUCUUAGCCGUUUUUUUUUUUUUCAAUGUUUCUUGUAUAUUGUAUGUGGACAUAAAGUAAAAACGAAAAUAAAAAACAUUAAAUUGCGGUGCUUUAAGCAAUAAAUAAAGAUAUUGUUCAUACCAUUCAUAAUAUUUACGUAUUAUGACAGUUUUACAAGAAUUGAAAAGUUUUGAUGGCUGCGGUGGUGGUGGCGGUAGUUCUGCUACUGAUUGCACCACAGGAGUUUUGGCCAUGAAAUGUUGCACUACGGGUACAAGUUCUAAGUCAUCUAUGGAUGAAAUCUCUGUACCAUCAACAUCUUCAUCAGGACUAAUGAAAAAUCAGAAUGUAAAUGACAUCUCGAAAAGUGAAUCAAUUUUUUCACGUUGUAAAGCAGUCGAUUUAGAGUUUGAGAAUCUCAAGUAUACAGUGAGAAAAUUCUCAUUUGCAGAAAGAAAUUUCGUGACAAAAGAAAUUCUUCACGGCGUCAAUGGCAUUUUCCGUUCCGGCGAACUAUCAGCAGUCAUGGGUCCUUCGGGUUCUGGCAAAAGCACUUUGCUAAAUAUUUUAUCCGGUUUUCGCAUAUCUGGCUCUACUGGAACAAUUAAAGUCAAUGGCAAAGUUGUAAGCACAAGUUCAGACAAAUAUCGGAAACUUUCUUGUUACAUAAUUCAAGAUGAUCUGUUAAGAUCUCACUUGACCGUGGGCGAGACAAUGAUGUUGGCCACUAAUUUAAAAUUAGGCUAUCAAGUGACCAAAGUACAAAAAGAAUUUUUGAUAAAUAAUAUUUUAUCAAAACUAACUUUAGAGCAUCGUUACAAUGCUCUCGUAGGUAAAUUAUCCGGUGGUCAGAAGAAACGUUUAGCAAUUGCUUUGGAAUUAAUUAGUAAUCCGCCAGUAUUGUUUUUGGAUGAGCCUACUACGGGCUUAGAUAGUUCUUCCUGCAGGCAAUGCAUUGAUCUAUUGAAAAAGCUUGCCUCUCAAGGUCAUACUAUUAUAUGCACCAUUCAUCAGCCCAGUGCAAUGUUAUUUGAAAUGUUUGAUAAGCUGUAUACCCUGGUGGAUGGGUACUGCAUGUAUCAAGGCCCCAUUAAAGAAUUGAUACCAUUUUUGGCUGAUCAAAAUCUUUUAUGUCCCACAUAUCACAAUCCUGCCGAUUAUUUGCUCGAAGUAGCCGUUGGAGAUCACAGCUGUGAUUUAGAUAAACUUAUUCAUGCAGCAAAUAAAAAAUAUUACGAAGACGCUGACUUCAAUCGCGUUAAGAGAUUUAUUAAGCAAAUUCGUGUUGAAAGGCUAGAAUUAGAUACCGGUCCGGCAUCCAAUAAGCUAACAAAAAGUAUGAAAUAUCUAUCUUUGGAUCACGAGAAACAACCUACUGAUGAAUUAGCCUUAGAGGAACGGAAAGCACUUAACGCAACAGUUGGCGGUAAUAAUGUUUUAAAUACGUUUGACGUUGCCGAAGAAGAUUCAGAUGAGCAAACACAAUUGGCGAACUCAAAAAAACCUCUCAUUAAAUCGGCCUCGUUUUUCAUGCAAUACUUGCUUCUGCUGAACAGACAUUUCAUUUGCGUUCGUCGCAAUUAUAAUCCAUAUCUAACCCGCGUUCUAUCCCAUAUAUUUAUUGCAUUCGUAGCUGGUUAUAUAUAUCGAAAUGUUGGUGGAAAUGCUACCACUGUACUUGGUAAUUACGCUUAUGUAUACGGUAGUGUACUGCUAGUGCUCUACACCAGCAAAAUGCCAGUUAUUCUCACAUUUCCUUUGGAGAUGAACAUAUUAAGGCGGGAACAUUUCAAUCGUUGGCAUACGUUGGUGCCAUAUUUCCUAUCGAUUUUAACGUUUGACGUACCAUUCCAGUGCUUUUGUGUGAUAUGCUAUGCGGUUAUAAGUUUACACUUAACCGGCAACGAUUUGUACGAUGACAAUCGUGUUUACUAUUUCGUAUGUUUUUGCGUUAUGAUCUCGAUAUGUGCCCAGGCCUAUGGACUUCUUUUCGGAGCCACUUUCCCAAUUAAGAUGGCGGUGUUCUUAGGUCCUAUAUAUGCCGCUAUGAUGUCAUUCUUUGGAUUUUGCUCGGGAUAUGUUGAUGUCACGCCAAUGUUUCGUUGGAUGUGGCAUAUUAGUUAUAGUCGGGCCGGUUUACACGGUAUACUGAAUACACUCUACGGCAGAAAUCGAAAACCAUUAUAUUGCCCGGAUGAUAUAAUUUAUUGUCAUUUUCAAAAACCGAAAAUAUUUCUAAAAUUCAUGAACGUCGACGAUCUCAGCAUGUUAGAUUCUUUUAGCACAUUGUUUAUAUCCACCGGUAUUGUUUAUCUACUAAUAAUAAUAAUUUUAUGGUAUAAAUUAAGCAAACGAAAAAGUAAAGCCAUGGCCAGUAAGCUACCAUGCUCCGACGAAGCUACCUCAAAGUUAGUGAAACAACACAUUCAACAAACCGAUGAAAUCCCUUUGAAUAUCAUGGCCAACGCCAGCGGAAGCAAUGAAAACGCAUUACCUUCUUCAAGCACAAAUCUUAAACCGUUAUUUCCGCACAAACGAAGCAACCUGCGUUUAAACAUUGCUUGCACCCAUAGAGCAAAUAACACUGAUUAUAAUUUAUCGCCAGUGGGAAUCGCUGAUAGCGAGUGUUCGACAUCCUCAUCAAGAACAACAACAACAACAACAACAACAGGGGAAAGUGCAGCACAUCCGACUGAGAUAAACAAGACUAUCAAUCGUUUGAAUAUUGGCUUUGAUAACUUGCGCUAUUCUAAGCGUACGAGAUUUUUUAGACACGAAACCAAGACUAUUCUAAAUGGUUUGACGGGGCUUUUCCAGGCUGGUGAAUUAACAGCGAUCGUGGGCCCAUCAGGAGCCGGUAAAAGUACCUUUCUCAAUAUACUUUCAGGCUAUACGACUUUUGGUUACAAUGGCGAAGUGACUGUUAAUGGACGACCGCGUGAUAUGAAAGCAUUUAAAUCGAAUGUAGCUUUUAUAACACAAGAUACAAGCUUGCAGCCUUAUCUGACAGUAAAAGAGGCGAUGCAUUUUGCGGCAAAUCUUAAAAUCGGUACACAUUUGAAAAAUUUCAGCAAACGAGAAAGGAUUAAUAAAAUCUUAGAAGCGAUUGGCAUGUACGAAAACCGUAAUACGCGUACCGGUCAGUUAUCAGGUGGGCAGAAGAAACGUUUAGCCAUAGCCAUGGAAUUGGUUAACAAUCCACCCGUUUUAAUUUUGGAUGAACCGACUAGCGGCCUUGACAGUUCCACUUCGAAGCAAUGCAUCUCUUUAUUAAAAAAGUUGGCUUCGGAAGGACGUACUGUUAUCUGUACUAUACAUCAGCCGAGCGCUUUGACAUUUAAACUUUUUGAUCAUUUAUACGCCAUAGCGGACGGCAAUUGUAUUUAUUCGGGUGGCAUUGAUAAUUUACUCGUUUUUUUGAAUGAAUUAAAUAUUCCAUGUCCGGAAUUUUUUAAUCCAGCAGAUUACUUAAUGGAAAUAGCUACCGAUGAUUAUGGUCCACAAAAUGAUAAGCUCGUGCAGAAAAUUCAAAACGGACGCAAUAGUAAAUAUAGGCAAAGCAACGCAUCUAACCGGAUGCAAUUGGAAGCAAUGCAAACAAUUGAUAAAAUGAUGUCUUCUGGUCUUAUAACUCCUGUUAAUGCUCCCGCACUGAAUGCAGUACCUGCAAGGUCCGCGAAGAAUGCUUAUCGAAACGUUAAUGAUAAUCCCGGACCUUCUCUAACGUCUAUUAAGGAAACGCCAACAAAUUUGAUAACAAAUUCGAUUAACAUAUUGAAUACCGCUACGAAACCGAAAUUUCAAUUCCAUUCACCUAAAUUGUGCAGACAUCAGAAUAUCUAUGCGACGCCAUUCUAUCACCAAAUAAGCAUUUUAUUGAUUCGAACAUUUAUAAUAUUAUGGCGUGAUCGAUCUUUAUCUGCGAUAAGAUUUGCAAUUAGUUUCGUUACCGCCGUCUUGAUCGGCUGGCUGUACUAUGGUAUUGGCAAUGAUGCCGGGAACGCUUUGAAUAAUUUUCGCUAUUGCUUUUAUUCCAUAAUGUUUAUAAUGUUCACAGCCUUUUCUUCUAUUUUAGUGAAAUUUCCCUUAGAGUUACCGAUUUUAUGCAGAGAACACUUCAACCGUUGGUAUUCAUUGAAAGCAUAUUACAUAGCCAUGACUUUGGCUGACAUUCCUAUGCAAUUAUUAUGCACAAGCAUUUAUAUUAUUAUAACUUAUAAACUAACUGAUCAGCCAGCUGAAUUAUUUCGUUUAGUAUUAUUUUGUACGAUUGUGUUUCUAACAGCAUUGGUGGGCCAAAGUAUUGGUUUGGCUAUUGGAGCUUCAUUAAAUAUCAAAAUCGCUGCUAUUUUGGGGCCAUUUCUGCUUUGUCCUUUUCUUAUGUUUUCCGGGUUCUUUCUGCAAGAAAAGGAUACAUCGCGAGCAUUAAAAUGGCUAUUCAAAAUUUCAUUCCUCAAGUAUAGCUUUGAUGGUUCCGUAUUAUCGAUAUUUGGCUUUGAACGCUCUCAUCUCCCCUGUAAGGAUAUCUAUUGUCACUAUUCAAGACCGAGAUCCCUUCUGAAGGAUGUUGAUAUGCUGGGCGCCAACUAUUUGACAUCUACAAUAUUUUUAAUCUUUAUAUUUUUAAGUUUACGUAUUUUAUCAUUUUACAUUAUGUCAUUCCGUUUAAGAUUGUUUCGAUGAAAUGCGCUCCUCUCUCUCUCUCUCUCUCUCUCU